AUGAGUUACAACGGAAUCCGAGAACGUGUAUCAACUAUCCUGAAAAAUCAUCAGUUGCUUCAGUUAGGUUCAACCUUGCCGACUAGCAGAAAUCUUACCGACGUCAAGAAACGCUUAGGUGAUGCUCCUUCAGUAGAAGGACAAAAAACACAAAGUGAGCAACCAUCACCUCAAAAAGUUAUUGCAGCACCACCCGAAGAAGGAGAUGUCUCGCUAUCCAAAGCUGUAGAUGAAGAUGUAACACACUCUUCUAAGAAAGUAUAUGUACCAUCGCCACCCAAAGAACGAGAUGUAGCAACGCCAUCUAGUAAAGGAAGUGUACCACUACCCUCUUCUAAGACUGGAAUUGUACCAUCAUCCCCUGCGCAACCACCACCUGAAAAAGAAGAUGUCUCAAUAGCCGAUUCUGAAGAUAGAGAUAUAGUAGACUCUUCUGAGCCAAAAGAUGUACCAUCCUCAUCUAAUAAAGGAGAUAUACCACCACCUUGUAGUGUAGACGAUGUACCACCAAACUCUUCUAAGGCUGGUGAUGCACCACCAUCCCCUUCCAUGGCUAAAGGUGUGCCAGCAUUACCUAAAAAAGAAGAUGUUUCACCAUCCGAUUCUGAAGAUGGAGAUAUAGCGGACUCUUCUGAAACAAAAGCUGAACCAUCUUUAUCUAAAAAAGGAGAUGUACCACCACCAUCUGGUGUAGAAGAUGUACCACCAAACUCUUCUUAG